AUGAAAGUCGCAGCUCUCUGCGCUAUCGUUGUGACCGUCAUUGGGAAUCAAUGUUCACAGCCUCUUCUUCGUGGGUCCUGUUUUUCACUUAUACCUCGUUACGGAUACGACCAAACGAAAACAAAAUGCGUGCAGUUUUUCUACAGCGGUUGUGGAGGAAAUACGAAUAAUUUUGAGACGAAAGAAGAUUGCCAAGAAAUGUGCGAAAGUGACGAUCCCGGUCUAAUGCCUCCUUUGGAUGAGUCAUUUUUCAGAAGGGAUCCAGUAGGUUCUGUUGAGAACAUUUGUACGCUGCCAAUACAAAGAGGAAGAUGUCUAGCACACAAGUUGCGAUAUGCAUUCGACUCAGACUUUGGCAGAUGCGUACCUUUCAGCUACGGUGGAUGUGGAGGAAAUUCAAACAGAUUUGAAACGUUGCUUUCUUGUGAGCUUGCAUGUGCAAGUUGUGGUACGUGGUGGUCUGCUGCGUUAACAAGUCUAGCUAAUGAGGCUCUGACGAAGACGAUAACGCCGAAACGUUAG